UGUUCUUGUCAAAAUAGGAUUGAUUGAAUCUUUCUUAUCUGAUCCUCCGGGGUCUUGGUUCAUAUUUUGUUUUUAGUUGGAUCUUGGGGUUGCAGGAUUGGGUUCUAUUCCGUUGGAUGAAAACAUGAAAGGGUUUCUUUUUCUGUUCUUGAAAUUAUCUUAGGUGUUGCAUGUGUUUCGAUGCAAAGCUACGUAAGUUUUUCGAAUGAGUGGCCUUUUUUUCAAUCCAUAGGUGAAGCAGUAAAAGGACGGAAACAGCAGUGUGCUGCGAAAGGAAGGAGCCGCAAGGUGUUAGGUGAUAUUGGGAAUUUGGCCAAUGUAGAAGAAGUUGAAGUCAAACCUAAUCGCCCCAUAACAAGGAGUUUUGGAGCUCUGCUACUUGCCAAGGCACAAGCAGCAGCAGCAGCAGCUACUGAUAAGAAUAACAAGAAACGGGUUUCUGCCAAUGUGGCUGGACCUCCACCUGUUUCUAAUGCAGUUGCAGCGACCAAAAGAGUGGUCCAAAAACGGGGUCAGAAAAAAGGCACUGUGAAACCAAAACCUGAGAAAGCCAUCGACAAGGAAGCUAUCCCAGAUAAGGAGAUUCAGAAAGACAAGACAGGGGAAGGAGAUGACAACUCUAAGAAGAAUUCACACGCUUUUACUUCAGUGCUCACAGCUCGAAGCAAGGCAGCAAGCGGCAUAACUGACAAACCGAAGGAGCACAUUAUUGACAUUGAUGCUGAUGAUGUUGACAAUGAGCUUGCUGCUGUGGAGUAUAUUGAUGACCUUUACAGGUUCUAUAAGCUUGUUGAGAAUGAGAACCGCCCUCAUGACUACAUAGAGUCACAACCUGAGAUAAAUGAGAGGUCGAGAGCUAUACUAGUUAAUUGGCUGAUCGAAGUCAACACCAAAUUUGGCCUUUCACUUGAGACCCUUUACUUGACAAUCAAUAUCAUUGAUCGAUUCCUAUCAGUUAAGAGUAUUCCAAGGAGUGAGGAACUGCAAUUGGUUGGCAUCAGUGCCAUGCUGAUGGCAUCCAAGUAUGAAGAAAUCUGGGCCCCUGAGGUUGCAAGUCUUGUCUGCCUUACAACUUUCACUCCUGAACAGAUACUGCUGAUGGAGAAAACCAUACUAUAUCAGCUGGAAUGGACUUUGACUGUGCCAACACCUCUUGUUUUCCUGGUUCGUUUUAUCAAGGCAACAGUCCCAGAUCAGGAGAUGGAAAACAUGACUCAUUUUCUGUCUGAGUUGGGAUUGGUGAACUAUGCCACCAUAAUGUAUUGCCCAUCAAUGAUUUCUGCCUCAGCAGUAUUUGCAGCUAGAUGCACUCUGAAUAAGACUCCCCUUUGGAAUGAGACACUUAAGUUGCACACUGGUUACUCACAAGAACAACUUAUGGAAUGUGCUAGAUUAUUGGUGAGCUUCCACUCCAUGGUUGGGGAUGAAGAAGAGCUGAAGGUAGUGCACAGAAAGUAUUCUGAUCCUCAGAAAGGAGCUGUCGCUAUGCUCCCACCAGCUAAAAAUCUUCUCCCUGAACCACACAGAGUUAACGAAACUGAAGAAGCAGGCAAAAAAACUCCCUUAGUUUUUUCAUAAGCCACAGUUUAACGAAACUGAUUUUAUAGCAAGUUUUUCACGCAGUCAAUUCCUUCGUCGCCUUAUGAAAUUCACUAAGUGCAACAAGGUGCAAUUUGCAAUUUCACAGUUUCUUUUUUAAGGAACUUCUCGAACUGCUAACUGUUAUUGCCGACAUAAUGUUAAAACAACAUCUUUUGAAAUUGCAUAGUGUGCUUUCUACGUCAUUAAGUUGUG